GUUUUCUUAAGCGGUCAGCCGAGAGUCGCUAAGCAGUAGCGGCUGGGUUACUGUCGGUUACCGCUGGCGUAGGAGUAGCUGGCGUCCCACCUUGUUUGGAGAAGGGGUCAGGGUUGCGGACAGUCCUGAAGUGGAAGAGAGGGAAGUGACUUGUACAAAUAAAAACUGACAGUGAGGAUUACUGUUUGGAUUAUUUCAAGAUGAGCUUCCUAUUGCCCAAGCUAACUAGCAAAAAAGAAGUAGACCAAGCAAUAAAAAGUACUGCAGAGAAGGUGUUGGUCCUCCGGUUUGGGAGAGAUGAGGAUCCUGUCUGUCUGCAGCUAGAUGAUAUACUUUCUAAGACCUAUUCUGGCCUGAGUAAAAUGGCUGCCAUAUAUCUGGUAGAUGUGGACCAAACUCCCGUUUACACGCACUAUUUUGACAUCAGUUAUAUUCCAUCUACUGUGUUUUUCUUCAAUGGGCAGCAUAUGAAAGUGGAUUACGGGUCUCCAGAUCACACUAAGUUUGUGGGAAGUUUCAAAACUAAGCAGGACUUCAUAGAUCUGAUUGAAGUAAUUUAUCGAGGAGCGAUGAGGGGAAAACUUAUUGUCCAAAGUCCUAUUGAUCCCAAGAAUAUUCCCAAAUAUGACCUCCUCUAUCAAGACAUUUAG